AGAACAUAGUGGUCAGUGAAGAUGAAGUAUCCAAAUUCAGGCUUCCUGAAACUCGUGAUUACCAUGCUGAAAUUUUGAAAUUGGAGCCUAAAGGAUCAAAUCAUGGUCUAGACAUUUUGACCAAUGAAGUCAUAGAAUUGAGAAAAGAGCUUGUAAAAGUGAAUGAAAAUAACAAAGCGCUUGAAGAGAAGAUUGAUUUAGGAUUCAAUCAAAUCAAAGAAUUUGUGGUGAACUCAAACAAACAAUUAUUGGAGGAUAUUUCUUUGCUGUUUGCUAAGAGUGGUGGUAGCAGCUCUGUUAUUCGAGAAGUUAAGGAACCAUCUAAGAAGCAUGCUGACGAGACAUUUUCAGGUGGAUUAGAUUUUAAUGGAGCAUUUUCUCCCCGUGUUAAUGCAUCUGUAAAUGAAUCGAGAGGGAACGAUGCUCAUGUUAUGGGAUCAAAUAAAAAUGAAGAAUCUCAAGUGCUUAAAGCUACAGUUAGAUUUGCUGAUGUUGAAAAUCUUGAAAGAGUAUCAAGUAAAAUAGAUGAAGAUGUUGCAGGAAUUGUUAUUGAAAAAGUUCUAUCAGAGGUUGUUGCUGAUAUAAAUGUCCAAGAGGCUGCUGAUGUGAAUACAGUUGGGGCGAAACCUGAUGAUGCAACAGAGGAUUGUCAAAAACCUUUGCAUACUUUAGAUGACUUUAUUUUACUUGAUAAAGAUCUUUCUCAGAUCAAUAGGACUGAAGAAUCUUAUCUAAAAAAAAGAGCCCAAGUUGAUCAAAACAAAAAGAAAGUGUCACCGAAGAAACGUGGCAGAAAGAAAAAUCCAGGAAAGUUAAUAACAUCUCCCUUCACACAACAUUUUGAAUCUGGAGGAACUUUAUGUGUUACACGUCAGGUUUUUGAGACAAAACAUCCUUUUUUAUAUGCAAGCGGAGGAGAUGAUGAAUCUGAUUUGAUCGAUUCAUUCACUAAGUGGCUUUAUAUGGGUACAAAAAAGAGGGGAAAGAAACCUUAUACAGAUGCUCUUAAUGUUAUCAAUCCAGCAUUUGAAUUGGGUGUCUGUACAGUAGAUGAAAGACUCUGGUUUUUCAAAUUGGCACAUUCUGGACAACAAUGGUGUGAUGAGCAUAUUGAUGUCAUUUUCUAUUACCUAAGAAAGAAAGGAAAAUAUGAUACCAACAGUAAUGUUCGUUUUACGACGAGUGAUUGUGUUUUCAAGACAAAGAUUACCAAUUCUUUCUUUAAACUUUGUGAUGCUCAUGAGGAUAAGAAAAAUUUUAAAGUUUUAGAUUCUGAUGAUAUUGCCCGGUAUAUCAGUGGACGUCGUUUGUUGGCAAGUACCUCGUGGGAUAAAGUGGAUUUUGUUCUUAUUCCACUAAACAUUAAAGAGAAUCGUCACUGGAUUUUUGUGGUGUUUGAUAUUGGGCAAAGGUCAUUGGAGGUGUAUGAUUCAUUUCCGGCUAGGGGUGGGGUGAAUUUAGAGGUAAAAAAUAUUGUUGAGAUGCUUUCGGUUGUUUUACCAUAUUAUCUAAGUGUGGUUAAGUUCUAUGAUAAGCGUCCUGAAUUGAAGUCAACACCAAAAUACAGUGAGAUAAAUGAGUUCGAGAAAAUUGAGUUUCAUUUCAUAACUAAAGAUGUUCCCAGACAAAAUGAGGAUUCACUGGAUUGUGGAGUUUUCGUUGCUGCAUUUGCGGAGUUUGUAAGUAAUGGCCAACAUAUUCAAAAUCAACAAGUAAAGGCAGACAUUGUCCGAAAGAGAUUUGGAGCUAUAUUAUGGGAAUAUGCAAGAAGGAAGCAAGCGAGUGACCUUCAAAGUGAAGACGAAAGACCAGUUAGAUAAAGGAAUAUAGUUAUAUUAGUUAGUAUGACUAUGAAAACUAUAUAAUGUAAAACAAUUUGUAGUUACUAUGGCUAUGAAAAAUUGUAUUGGUCUAUUUUGUAAGUCUUGAUAUUAUAUACCUAACUGUGUUGUUUAUAUGUAAGUCUUCUAUUUGAAGUUGUUC